AAGCAUCAUCAAAACUUUCAAAAGUCUCCCCCACAAAUAUUAAUUACACUUUUUGUCACUCAUUUUGUUAAAGAACUAUUCUAAAAAACCAAUACAGUGAAGUGAUCUGAUUAUUAUUAUUGUUAUUAUGCGUAUGUCCGAUGCCCGGUGCCCUUCCGUCUCACCGGAAAAUCGAAAAUCGAAAAUCAAAAACAAGCAGAAGCGCAGAAAACCGAAAUUCCUAAGCUUAAGUCUCGAGCUAUCGGAGAAAAAAUCUCAACCGUCGGGUGAUAUGAUCGUAUCAUCAUCCAACGGUAGCACUCAUGAUCAUCAUCAGCUCAAUCUCUUCCCACUGCAUCCAGAGAAUUUAGUUUAUGAUAAAGACAGUACUAGUACUGCCCAAGAUGAGAACGUAGCUCUCUUCUUUGCUGGCGCUGAAAACAGCGCCACAACUCUCAACGAGCUUCUCGUUUCUUCCAAGGAUGAAAUUGACAGCAAUAUAAGUACUAGUGUUCCGAAUUACAUGACGGUUUCGUCGGAGGAGGCGAGCCUGACAUUUGCCGACACUUACAGGGGACAACAAGGUGAGCUUGUACGGACAGCUCUGAGGAACAAAGAGAGGGAGCACAGGGAAGAAGAGAAGUGGGUUGUUUACUCCGAUGUUGUUGAUUUCGAUCAACAUAGUGAGACGACGAGGAAGGAUGAGGAAGUAAGUAGUUGUCCGAGGAUCAAACAUCAACAACAACAACAACAAUUGUCACUAAAGCUUGAUUAUGAUGUAAUAUUGAAUGCUUGGUCCGAUAAGGGUCCUCUUUACCUUCAACCUGAGUCCCCUCAGAUCGUUCCGGAUAUCCAUGACGAUUUUCUCACCUACGAAGCGCCUUUCUCACUACAUGGGAAAAUGAGUAGCAGUGCAGCUGUGUUUAGAGUGCCAGAAGUAAUUGGAAAUGAACAAAGAGAAAUAGAGGAGGUGGAGGAGGAGGAGGAGAUGAAGGCGGGGCGAAGAGAAGCCAGUGUAAUGAGGUACAAAGAGAAGAGACUGAACAGGCUCUUCUCUAAAACUAUCCGAUAUCAAGUUCGCAAGCUCAACGCUGAAAAACGCCCUCGCGUUAAGGGGAGAUUUGUUAAGAGGGAUUGAAGUGUGUUCUUUUACCUUAAUUGAAGAAGUUAAAUGUGUUGCGAAUGGAAAGAAGUAUUUGGUUAUUGUAGUUGUCAUAUAUCUUUGAUAUAUACUGUCAAAAAGGAGAAGCAUGCACAAAGGAACUCUUGUCAAAUCAAUGAAUAAAAUUGUACAAGCUCUACCAAAUUGCAAGCAUUAUUAGGGCACAUAAAUGGGAAAAUGCAGAGAUAUGUAAGAGUUCAUUUUGUUCACAUAUAAUGUUCUGUCAAGAGUUAAAAUAGCAAAAAGUCCUUGACCGUUUAGUCAUUAACACUAAAAUUAAUGGAUGAUGGCCUCCGUUUAUUGCACUAUAUGAUUUAUACUAUUUGCAGGUGAAAGUGACCAUUUCAAAAUUA